AUGGCUGCUGAAGGUGUCAUUCCUGCCAACAAUGAGACUAAGAGUUUAGGUCCUAGUGUGAUACUUGGUUUGACAUCCUUCCACCAUCUUCAGAUCUUAGAUUUGAGUGAGAAUAAUUUCUUUGCAAGUAUUCCUCCAUCCAUAGGAGCAUUAUCUUCUCUGAAAGCUCUAUCUCUGGCUCAAAAUAACCUUAGUGGUUCUUUACCAAUUCAAGCUGCCUUCAACUUGACUUCGAUAUGGAGGUUGCAAUUGAAUGAUAAUCAGUUUGCGGGGCCUCUAACAAAUGUGCUCUCCAAAUUGUCUAAAUUGGACUUUCUUGAUAUUAGCAACAACUACAUGUUUGGCAAGAUUCCAAGUUCAAUGGAUAACAAGACAUCGUUGGGUACACUAAUCAUCCGAAAUAAUUCUUUCAAUGGUGAGUUCCCAUGUGCACUGGUUCAAAAUGUGUAUAUGGACGCCUCUUAUAAUUCGUUUUCGGGAUCAAUACAUCCUUCUUGCUCAAACCCAAACCUGGGAUAUGUGGAGCGUAUGCAUUUGCGAGGGAACAAGUUCACAGGAUUAAUUCCAAGAGCUCUCCUUAAUUCGUCAAAUCUUUUGACCUUUGAUAUAAGCGAAAAUAGCUUUAGUGGCAGCAUUCCUGAUUCGAUUGGAGUGGCUUCUAACCUCAGAAUUCUUUUGUUCAGAGGGAACCAAUUGAGUGGUUCAAUUCCAACUCAAUUGUGUCAAUUAAAUAAGAUAAGUUUGAUGGACCUUUCCAAUAACUAUUUAGAUGGGUCUAUUCCCCAUUGUUUCGGUAAUAUCACCUUUGGCAUGAUAGGGGCUAGUGACCAGGCCUUCAUGCAGACAAUUGUAUCUUCGUCCGGUAGGAAUACGUUUUACAAAUAUGAUGGUGUCCUAGAAACGAAUUUUGAAAUCCAUGACAUGGAUACCAUGUAUAACAAAGUAGAUGAAGUUGAGUUUGUUACCAAAAGUAGGACUAACUUCUACAGGGCUGGUAGCAUCCUUAAUUUCAUGUCUGGAUUGGAUCUGUCAUGUAACAAACUAACAGGUGAAAUACCUUUUGAACUAGGGAAGCCAAGUAGUGUUCAUGCCCUGAACUUGUCUCGCAAUCUCUUGACUGGACCCAUCCCGAAGGCCUUCUUAAACCUUAUCCAGAUAGAGAGUUUGGACCUUUCUUACGACAAUUUGAACGGAAACAUCCCAACAGAACUAAUCGGUCUAAAUUUUUUGGAAGUGUUUAUUGUGGCUCACAACAAUUUAUCAGGUACACUAUUAGACAGGAAAGCACAAUUUGCGACCUUUGAAGCAAGCAGUUAUGAGGGAAAUCCAUUUCUUUGUGGACCGCCAUUGGAGAAAAAUUGCACACCCAUCGUUAAUUUGCCAUACUGGCCAAUAACAUUAUCCUCAGACGAAACUGAAGGGAAAUGGUAUGAUAUUGAUCUAGUGGCUUUUUCAGCAAGUUUUGUCGGAUCAUACAUUGCUUUCUUGUUUGGAUUUGCUAUUAUUCUUUACAUCAACCCAUAUUGGAGACAAAUGUGGUUCUAUCUGAUUGAGGAGGGCAUGUAUUCUAGUUAUUAUUUUAUUUCUGAUACUGUUCGCAAGAUAUUUUAG